AUGUCAUCACUUAAGACAGUUGUAGUCCAGCCAGAAGCCCAACACAGAGAUACUUUCAUUGAAGAACGCUAUGGAAAAUAUAACAUCAGUGAUCCUUUAAUGGCACUCCAGAGAGACUUUGAAACACUGAAGGAGAAGAACGAUGGCGAGAAGCAGCCAGUCUGCACAGACCCGCUCUCGAUCCUUAAGGUGGUGAUGAAGCAGUGCAAGAACAUGCAGGAGCGCAUGCUGUCGCAGCUGGCUGCCGCUGAGAGCAGGCACCGCAAGGUAAUCCUAGACCUUGAGGAAGAAAGGCAAAGGCAUGCACAGGACACAGCUGAAGGAGAUGAUGUCACCUACAUGCUGGAGAAGGAGAGAGAGCGGCUGACUCAACAGUUGGAAUUUGAAAAGUCGCAAGUGAAAAAGUUUGAGAAAGAGCAGAAGAAGCUCUCCAGUCAGCUGGCAGAGGAGCGCUCCCGCCACAAGCAGCUCUCGUCCAUGCUGGUGCGCGAGUGCAAGAAGGCCGCCAGCAAGGCCGCUGAGGAGGGCCAGAAGGCGGGAGAGCUGAGCCUGAAACUGGAGAAGGAGAAGAGCCGGGUGAGCAAGCUGGAGGAGGAGCUGGCUGCUGAGAGGAAGCGGGGCUUGCAGACGGAGGCCCAGGUGGAGAAGCAGUUGUCUGAGUUUGACAUUGAAAGGGAACAGCUGAGAGCAAAGCUGAACCGAGAAGAGAACCGGACCAGAACUCUGAAAGAAGAGAUGGAGGGUUUGAAGAAGAUAGUGAAGGACCUAGAGGCUUUGCACCAGCAGAGUAGCCCCAGCGAGCAAGUGAAGAAACCAGUAACCCUGUCUAAAGGCACGGCAACUGAGCCACCUGUGCUAGUGUCCGUAUUUUGCCAAACGGAGAGUUUUCAGGCAGAAAGAACCCAUGGGAGCAGCACGGCCAAGGUAACAGCCUCAGGGCUGCCUGGUCCCACCACUCCUGCUUACUCUUAUGCAAAAACCAAUGGGCAUUUUGACCCAGAAAUGCAAACUACCAAAGAGCUGAUUACAGGCAGCAGUGUAGAAAACCAAGCGCCUCCACGAGAGAAGCCUGUGGGAUUGGCCCAAGAGAAAGCAGUAGAGAAUGGUGGGUGUCCUGUGGGAAUAGAGACUCCAGUCCCAGCGCCUGGUCACCUCCCUUCCAGUGGGAGCUCACUGUCUCCCAGCAGCACUGCCUCUUCCUCUCUCACAUCCUCUCCUUGCUCUUCACCAGUACUAACUAAGCGCUUAUUGGGGUCAUCAGCUAGCAGCCCUGGCUACCAGUCAUCCUACCAAGUAGGGAUCAACCAGCGGUUCCAUGCAGCUCGGCACAAAUUUCAGUCCCAAGCAGAUCAGGACCAACAAGCUAGUGGUCUACAGAGCCCUCCAUCCAGGGAUCUAUCCCCAACCCUCAUAGACAACUCUGCCGCCAAGCAGCUGGCCCGAAACACAGUCACCCAGGUGCUCUCCAGAUUCACUAGCCAGCAAGGACCAAUCAAGCCCGUGUCUCCCAACAGCUCUCCCUUUGGCACUGACUAUCGAAAUCUGGCCAACACUGCCAGCCCGAGAGGUGACACCAGCCAUUCACCUACUCCAGGGAAAGUGUCUAGUCCUCUGAGCCCCCUGUCUCCAGGGAUCAAGUCCCCUACCAUCCCCAGAGCUGAGAGAGGAAACCCUCCACCCAUCCCACCCAAGAAACCUGGCCUCACUCCUUCUCCAUCUGCUGCCACUCCACUGACCAAACCUCAUCCCCAGGCAUCCUCUUUGACCACCACAGAAGACCUUGCCAGCAGCUGCUCUUCUAAUGCUGUCGUAGCCAAUGGAUGAGGUCAGAGAGAGAGGCACAAGAGGGCCCCAAGAG